GCGAGUGUGCGGCGGUGCACCGCCACCUUCACGCCGCCGGUCCCCAAAGUAGGAAGCUCGGCCGAGCUUAAGCGACCGAGAAGCCGGGAGACGACGUGACAAACGCCCGGCCGCUUCUUCGUGGAAGGUGUCCACCUCGACGGGAGCUACGUGACCUGGAAACAAAACGACAGCAUGGAGCGCUGCGACAAAGAAAUCGAGUCCGGAGAGAUCCUGCCUGUGGUGAUUAUUGGCAACGGCCCAUCAGGGAUCUGCCUGUCCUACCUGUUGUCGGGCUACACCCCCUACCUGUCGCCUGAGGCGUCGCACCCCAACCCCCUGCUGCACAGCAAGCUGGCCGAGCAGCCCGGCCUGUCGCUGCUGGAGCAGGACCUGGACUACCUGUGCGAGGGUCUGCAGGGCCGCUCGUCCAACCCGGUGGCCGUCCUCUUCGACUCGCUGCUGCUCCCCGACAGCGACUUCGGCAUGGAGCACACGUCUCCGCUGGAGUGGCGGUACGAGCCCGAGCGUGCCGUGCCGCACUUGGUCCUGGGGAAGGGUCCGCCGGGAGGAGCCUGGCAUGCCAUGGAAGGUUCCAUGCUCACGCUGAGCUUGGCCAACUGGAUGGAGCUGCCAGGACUCAAACUGAAGGACUGGAUGAAAGACAAGCGCAGGAACGUGCGUAACGACCGCGCCACGCCAGCAGAGAUCGCCUCCUACUACCAGCACUACGUCUCCCAGAUGUCCCUGGAGGACAACUUUGCCUGCAGGACCGUUGUUACCUCGGUAACCAGGCGCCCCGGCAACCAGGAGGGGUCGCCUCCCUGCUGGAGAGUGAAGGGACUGCAGUGCCGCGAGGGGGCGGAGCUUGGAGAUGCCUCCACAUCAGAGAAGGUGCCUUUCUCCCUGCUGGCCCACAACGUGGUCCUGGCGACCGGAACUCACGACAUCCCGGCCAGACUGGGCGUGGAGGGCGAGUCCCUGCCUUACGUCUGCCACUCCUUCUGGGAGCUGGAGGCCGCCAUCUCCCGCGGCGAGCUGGACGAGUCCUCGGACCCGGUGCUGGUGGUGGGGGCGGGUCUGACGGCGGCCGACGCCGUGCUGGCGGCCCACCACCUCAGCACGCCUGUCUACCACGUCUUCCGGCGCUCUGUGACCGACCCCGGCCUCAUCUUCAAUCAGCUACCCAAGAUGCUCUACCCGGAAUACCACAAGGUGCACCAGAUGAUGAUGCAACAGCAACACCAAGAAGGUUCCGCCCCUCAGCACCACCUCCAGAGCUCCUCCCCCCCGCCCUCCUCUCCCUACGCCGGCUACCUGUGCUUCCCCCGCCACCGGGUGGCCGCCUUCCGCCCCGACCGCAAGUGCGUGCUGCAGUCCGACUCGGGCCAGUCCACGGUGGUCCAGGUGUCCAAGGCGCUGGUCCUGAUCGGCGCCCACCCCAACCUGUCCUUCCUCGCCGACGACGGGCGCCCGCUGGGCGUGCGGCCCGACGAGCCGGUCACGUGCCGCAGGAACCCCGUGGACGUGGACCCCUACACCAACGCGGUGCUGGCGGCGGAGGGCCCGGGCCUGUACGCCAUGGGGCCGCUGGUGGGGGAGAACUUUGUCAGGUUCCUGAAGGGAGGAGCCCUGGCCAUCGCCAGCGACCUGGCCAAGAGACACAGGCGGGGCGGGGGGGAGGGGGAGGGGCUUAUGUCCUCUGACAGACUGGUGGACAGACGGAGCGUCUUUUACUCCUGAUGUCAUCCAGCAACUAAUGAAGGACCAACUGGAACAACCUCAUCAAGAUCAACUUUAGUCUUCUUUACACUUUUUCACCAGACCAAAGUCACACUGAGUGGUCCACGGUAUUGAUUAUUGACUCGUUAUUACACAGCAGUCAUUAGUCGUGUCCUCUCCCAGCAGGCAGCAGACAUUGAAACAACGUUGACAACUUGUUAGAUUAGGUCCUGAUGUUAAGUAACUCAAAUACAACGUUGAAACAACAUGCUUUUAAUUAAUUACGUUUAUUAUAUUUCUGGGUGUUGUUGACAACGUUGAAACAACAUGCUUUUAAUUAAUUACGUUUAUUAUAUUUCUGGGUGUUGUUGACAACGUUGAAACAACGUGCUUUCUGACGACGUUUAGUCAAUGUUGGCUUCUGACGUUGAUUUGAUCAUUGAAAUUAGGUCAUUUCCCAACCAAUAUUCUACCACACAAAUACGACGUUGAAACAACAUGUUUUUAAUUACGUUUAUUAUAUUUCUGGGUGUUGUUGAAUUUUGGUAAUUUCCCAACCAAUAUUCUACCACACAAAUACGACGUUGAAACAACAUGUUCUUAAUUACGUUUAUUAUAUUUCUGGGUGUUGUUGAUUUGACCUUUGAAUAUUGGUCAUUUCCCAACCAAUAUUCUAAAAUACAACGUUGAAACAACGUGCUUUUUGACGACAUUUAUUCAAUUUCUGGGUGUUGUUGAUUUGACCAUUUAAUUUUGGUCAUUUCCCAACCAAUAUUCUACCACACAAAUACGACGUAGAAACAACAUGUUUUUAAUUACGUUUAUUAUAUUUCUGGGUGUUGUUGAUUUGACCGUUGAAUUUUGGUCAUUUCCCAACCAAUAUUCUAAAAUACAACGUUGAAACAACAUGCUUUUUGACGACAUUUAUUCAAUUUCUGGGUGUUGUUGAUUUGACCAUUUAAUUUUGUUAAUUUCCCAACCAAUAUUCUACAACACGAAUACGACGUUGAAACAACAUGUUUUUAAUUACGUUUAUUAUAUUUCUGGGUGUUGUUGAUUUGACCGUUUAAUUUUGGUCAUUUCCCAACCAAUAUUCUACAAUACAACGUUGAAACAACAUGUUUUUAAUUACGUUUAUUAUAUUUCUGGGUGUUGUUGAUUUGACCUUUGAAUAUUGGUCAUUUCCCAACCAAUAUUCUAAAAUACAACGUUGAAACAACGUGCUUUUUGACGACAUUUAUUCAAUUUCUGGGUGUUGUUGAUUUGACCAUUUAAUUUUGGUCAUUUCCCAACCAAUAUUCUACCACACAAAUACGACGUUGAAACAACAUGUUUUUAAUUACGUUUAUUAUAUUUCUGGGUGUUGUUGAUUUGACCGUUGAAUUUUGGUCAUUUCCCAACCAAUAUUCUAAAAUACAACGUUGAAACCACAUGCUUUUUGACGACGUUUAUUCAAUGUUGGGUUCUGACGUUGAUUUCAUCAUUGAAAUUAUGUCAUUUUUUUAACCAAUAUUCUAAAAUAGGACGUUGAAACAACAUGCUUUCAAUAACGUUUAUUCAAUUUCUGGGUGUUGUUGAUUUGACCGUUGAAUUUUGGUCAUUUCCCAACCAAUAUUCUACAACACAAAUACGACGUUGAAACAACAUAUUUUUUUAAUAACGUUUAUUAUAUUUCUGGGUGUUGUUGAUUUGACCAUUAAAGUUUGGUCAUUUCCCAACCAACAACGUGGAUCCAACGUCGGACAUCAACAUUCAUCAAUUUUUUUUCAACGUUGUUUCAAAGUCCGUUUUAAAGGACAUGUACGUAUAAUCAACGUUGUAUCAUUAUGUCUUGUGCCCGCUAGGUAAGCACAAUUUUUGGCCAUAACUCUACAAGGCAAGAACACUAAUAAGACCGGCUGAGAUACUUAAUCCAGAACAUUCUAUGUCAUUGAAAUGGUACUACUAAUUAUGAUGAAUAUUUUAUCAAUCUUAUAAAGUAGGGGUGUCCAAAGUGCGCGCAGGGGGUUUGUUUACGGCCCACGCCUUGUUUUUUAUUGACACAUUCUGAAGACAAACCUAACACAAAAACUACAAUAUGCCAUUUUGAGAGAAACCGCGUUGUGGAUGCUGAACCUAAAUGCUAAUGUUAGCAUGCUAACAGUUAAAAUACGUCAGGAAUAAAUGACCAUGAAGCGUAUGCAUGUAAAAUUAGCUAGCAUGUGUCCAGUACCGAGCUACAUGACUCUGAGGCAUUGGGCUGCAAAAUGGCACCAGGCUAAUGUUAGCAUUACGCUAACAGCUAACAUGUGUCCAGUACCAGGUUACGUGACUGAAAUUUUACAUUGGCUGAAAAAUUUUAGCACGGUGAUGUUAGCGCGCUAACAGUUAGCAUGUGUGAAGUACCAGGUUAUACAACUAAGGUGUUUGGCUGCAAAAUUGGCAAACAAAAGUUAGCGUGAUCGUGUUAGCAUUCUAACAUGUUAACGUUAGCAUGCUAACAGCAAUAAUUAAGUUAUAGGACUGAGGCAUUCGGCUGCAAAAUUGGCUACAAACGUUAACGCUAGCAUGCUAAAUUGCUUAAUUUAGGGCGGAUUUGUUGCUGGUAACACAAAGCUAAGAUUGGACGUGGUGUUUAGCAUUUAUUAGUAAACUUUUAUUGUUUAGUUUCUAAUAUCGGUAAUGUAUCAAAGCAGUUUUUAUGUUUGGACACGCCUGUUGCAAAGGUUACUGAUUGUCGUUAUUAUUUGAUCACUUUGUACAUUUCAGCGGCUGUCCUGUCAACACUUGACUUCUUCCUGUCGCUUUUUUCACCUCAAAGAAUCAAGCAGGAAAUGCUCUGUGACCUGAAUGACCUUGAACUCGAAGGUAAACCAUGUCGGACUGUGUCAGGGACUGAAGGACGCUUAAUGAUUCAUUUCACUUUCUGCUCAUUCCGACACGUGAACCCAAGCAACACUUUAUUUGACCUUGUAUUUAUCUUUGUUUUGUUUUGUUUUGGAUCUCGGCCAGCUGUGCCUUUCAUGGCGUGCAUCAUGUCAACCAAUCAUUUAGCUUUUUCUUUUUAUGUACUGUAUUGAUUGGUGCUGCUCAUGUCACUUCCCAAUAAAAUGAUCAUUUCAUGACUUCCGGUGUUUUAUUUUGUAAUAAAAUGCCCAUUUCAUGACUUCCGGUGUGUUACUUUGUAAUGUAAUGCCCGUUUUGUGACUUCCGGUGUUUUAUUUUGUAAUAAAAUGCCCAUUUCAUGACUUCCGGUGUGUUACUUUGUAAUAUAAUGCCCAUUUUGUGACUUCCGGUGUUUUAUUUUGUAAUAAAAUGCCCAUUUCAUGACUUCCGGUGGGUUGAUUUGUAAUAAAAUGCCCAUUUCAUGACUUCCGGUUUGUUGUU